AUAAGACAAACACGUGUUAGCUAUUGAAGAUUGAAACUUUGAUGUUGUAACUUGUUUGAUUGAAACUUUGAUGUUGUAAGGUAAAAGGUGCUACAAAGAAGUAUAAAUUGUUCUAGCUGCUGGUGAUUUCAGAGUCACACGUAGUGAAGACCUGAACCUGAAAAUUGAGAAGAAUGGAGGAGAUGAUAUUGCCAAAUCGAACUUGACAGAGAACAACGGAGAAAAAGAUGCCGUUAUGGGGAAUUCAAAAAUUGAUAAAAAGGAUAUUGCCGUGGACAAAACGGUACUUAAGAAGAAAGGAGAAAAUUUGAUUUUCAAGAAAUCGAUACUUGAGGAAAAGAAAGAAAAAGGUAUCGUCAAGACAAAAUCUGCAGUUAAUACAAUUUACUCUUCAUCUCCUGCAAGCAUCUUCAACACAACCAUGGGAUGGACAGUUAAAAUGUUUUGUGAAGACAUAAAUAAUAAGAAUAUUUGCAAGGAAGUGGAGAAGAAGCUGGAAAGUUCAUCAUACCCAAUCCACCUGCGGAUUCCGAGAAAUGUUGAUGAUGAUGAUGACGAUGACCUUGAUGAUUACAGUCUCUUUGCACCAUAUGAAUACUAUGCAGCCGAUAAAUCUGAGGAAGAUGAACAUUUGCCUUUUUUCAUACAAACCGUACGGCAUUACGAAUGGCCCAGACAAACUAAAAAUUACGAAAUAACAAGUUCAAGUGUCAGUCCUCACAAAUUUAAAAAAAGGGCUGAUCCUGAUCACCACCAUCUGAUGCAUCCAGAUUCGCAUGAUCAUCCUUCAGAGGAAGCACAAGAUGCAGAAGUAAAACAAAGUCUACGAUCAAGUUACGAUUCCUUUCAAAGUAUGUGUGGGCUACCAUCUCGCAUGAGAACUAAUGAAAUACUUUGCAAGAUAUAUCCUAGCUCUGUGAUCUGUAUUUCGUAUUGCGUUUUUGGGUACACAUUUCCAGACGGAAUAAAACGAACCUCAUCUUGUUCAUCGAGCGAUAAUAGAUGGUCAAAACCAUUCGAAGAAUGCGAACCGUUUGUUGAUUGCACUUUGGAACUCCAGACACCAGGAAGACUAAGUUGCGUAACGAACAAGUUGAAAGUUGGAACCAAGUGCGACAUAGAAUGUGAAAGUUACGAAGAUCGUGAGAAUACCCCAGUCCAAACUUACGAAUGUCUCAUCGAUGGCAGAUGGAUGCCAAAAGAGCCAUUUUGUGCAGUACCAGAAGGUAUAUCUCUGGUUGAUGCUCCUAUUAGAAAAGUACACAAAAACAUAAUUUACCCUAAAUAGACAACAGAAAUACCUAGUUGCAAACUCAGCAUUCUAAAUUUUAAAAACAGAUAUAUUAUUAGUUUGAUUUUUGUAUCUUAAGACAUUUAAUGUUUCAAUAAAUGAAUAAAAUAUGUAUUCAGAAGCAAUCUUUGUCUUCCAUGCAUAACUUUCUCUUUCAUACACACCAGAAGAAAAUAGUUUUGCAAUUUUAAGAAUAUUUUUACACAGUUUGAAGCAUUAAAAGACUUGAUUUUUAAGAAAUAGAUAUUUUAUGCAGAAUCAAAAUUUUUCUGUAGAAUGAAUUUAAAAAUUACAUUACAGAUAAAAAUCUAUUAUGGUAGUUAUUUUAAUUUAUUGUUAUGACACUAUUAAAUAACCAAUGAAUACACAGUCCCUUCAUGAUUAGAAAAAAAUUAGCAAGGAAUUGGAAUCUGUUUCUUAUAACCAAUAUUAGUGCAAAAGAAACAAAGUACUUUUACAAAUAACAAUUUGGAGAAAUAUCAUAAUCAACAACUAGAAUAAGCACUUUUUUUUCCAGCCCAAAGGAGCAUUAGCCCAGAAGGGCUAUUAGUCUCGAAAUGACAUUCUGGGUUUGUUCACCAUAAACGGUGUAUCACUUUUUAAAUUGUUGCCACCAAAUAUUAUUGCCCUGUACUACGUUUAAAGAAAUUAAAUAAUGAAAAUUCGGCAUGAAUGUUUCUUACACUGAGAAAACAACGGUACCUAGAGCCAUCAAAUUUUGAAUGACAUAAUCCUCCACGCAAAAUGGGCACCUGGAAGCCCAAAUUUUGAAUUUUGAGUUUGUUUUAUUAUCUAUUUCAUAUUUUGUAAA